CGAUAAGAGGUCCCCAUAAAAGAAGAAUCUCCGCCGGGCUGGCUCAACAGUCGCUAGUGAACAGGUGAUCAGUUCGUACCGAAGGACUAAAGGACACAGCGGGAGAAAAAAAACUGAGUGCAGUGUAGUUUUGGUGUUGAGUGAUGAGGCUUUGGAUAGCUCUUCUUGCCCUCGUGGCAACAGUGCACUCCGUACCGGUGAAAAAUUUCUUCUAUGGAACCGGUCCCGAAGAGUACGUCUAUCGUUAUGUGCUAGAUGUUAGAACUGGCGUGCUGGAAGCUAAGAAAGGCUCGCAGUAUGAAGUGAUGGCAGAUGUGCAUGUUCGACCAGAUCUCACUGGAAAUGGCACAUUUGUGUAUCUGGUUGACCCUAAGGUAUACGUAUAUACUGGACCCGUCGUAAUGAAAGGUGAAGUCCAUGGAGUGAAAACAGGAGAAAAAACUUUUGUUCCCAUCGCCAACGUGGCUGAUGUUAUCACCUUGCCUUUCUACGUAACGUAUGAUCAUUACGGAAUGGUCCACGAGGUGUUCACCGUUGCAGAGGACACUCAAUGGAGUGUCAACAUCAAGAAAGGAAUUGCAGCUGUACUUCAGCUUCCAGUUGACAAAGUUCCAGUAAAGAAAUAUGUGAAACCUGUCGUAUUUUCCACCGUGGAAGAAAGUGUCUAUGGUUCGGUGAAUGUAACCUAUGAUGUGGAGACCGUUCAUGAUUACAUUGUAGUGACCAAGACUCCUGAUUACACGACCUUCGAUCACAUGCCUUACGAUGUCUACAGCAACGUUGAAGUGGAGAAAGUGUACAAAAACUAUGCUGUCUGGAACGCAACUUACCCGGAAGUGAAAUAUGUAAUGGUUAACGACAAAGAUGGCGUUAAGGUCCACGAAGUACACACCGAUAGCGUUAAAACUGUGCAGCCAUCGGUAUCCGAAGGACAAAUGCAGUAUGUCGCCACAAAGCAAUCAUUUGUAUUCACCAAAACUGUGGUUCCGUCCUCGCCUUUGGAGUUCUCUAAAUUCCCGGUUUAUAAUCCACUAUACUUUGUUCCAUCGCAUAAAACCUUCGAAACCUAUUUCCCCUGCUUAUCGGUUGUUCCUCAUGUAGUCGACAUGACUGUCGUUGGUCCAAAAGUGCAAGCUAUGCUUUAUGAAGCUGUCGAAUAUCUAAGCGAAAACCCGAUUACUAACGUGGAAACUGAUACGAAGCAUGGCCUCACAAUUACCAGGAUUAUUGAAGUCUUCAAACCAUUCACCGUCGAAAACUUUGAACAAUUCUACACAUUAAUAACCAAAACAACAACGCCGAAAGACCUUGUCGCAGUUGAUAUAUUCUACAAGAUGUUGCCCAUCGUCGGCACCAAAAACUCAGUGGUUUUCAUAAAGAAUCUGGUGAAGAGCCACAAAGUGAAGGACUUUGUUUCUUCCACCAUGCUCUUCUCGUUGGGCCUGAAUGUGCGAGUUCCAACUGUGGAGCUACUGAAAGAAGUCGAAGAAUUUUACCAUUUUGAAGAUGAGGUUAAACCAGAGGUCGCCCAUGCCGCAGUCCUGACCUUCGGAUCGCUCGUGUAUAAGACCUUCAAACACGAUACACACUCACCAGUGUUACAGCAGUACGUCAAAGUAUUCUACAAAAAGUUGAAGGAAGCCAAGACCUUUGAAGAACAGUUGGUAUGGUUGCAUGGCCUGAAGAAUAUUGAAGUAGGAACCGUCUACGAACUACUUGCUCCCAUUGUGAAAGGUGAACAGGUCUUGGAUCUGCCAUACGACCGCCAUCUGCGAGUUCAUGCCAUUUACUCGCUGGAGAAGAUUCUACAUUACGACUACAACGAGCUGUUCGAGGUAGUCUAUCCCGUAUUUGUGGAUGAGACUAUUUCUACCGAACUUCGCGUCGCUGCAUUGAAGGUCCUGCUAUCUACAGAAGAAGUAAAAUACUUUGCCAAGAUUGCAACCGUCAUGCAAACGGAAAAGAACCCACAAGUAUACUCGUUCUUCGUAACCACUGUCGAACACAUGGCGGAAUCGUGCGUUCAUAAAGAUACUGACUUCUGGCAGUACGUUAAGCAGAUGGAGAAGUUCUUCAAGCACGUUGAUUCUACUGUUGAAACGAAAGCUUUCUACUACGAUUAUGUCGACAAGAAACACUUCUUCGGUGCGUCGGUCUACGGAAACCUUGUGGCCGAUGAUAAGCACAACAAAGUCAACCAAUUCUUCAUCAAUUUCAGUCCUUACGUGAUGGAUCGACAUGUGGACCUGUACUCCGUGUUUGUGAAGUUCGAGGGAGUCGAAAAUCCACUAACUAUGCUGUGGCCUAAGCUGUUCAAUGUUGAACCCAAAACGGUGAAGGAACCAAUCAUCAAGCACCACGAAAAGGAACCAGUUCAUGUGGAAUUCACUUUGAUGGCCAAUGGAAAGGUUGUGUACACCACGUUCUUUGACGAAGUUACCAUCAAGAACUUCUAUAGCUACACUUAUCUGACUAUUUUAACAACGAUGAAGCAUCAGUUCACCACUGUUUUGAAUCUUGCUGAUGUGGAGGUAUUCUCUCCGACCAUGGAUGGAAUACAAACUAAAACGAAUUUAGAGCUGCCUAUGGUAUCGCAAUUCAAAUAUGAUGUAGUAGUACCAGUCGCCAAGAAUGUGAAUGAAGUGACAUUCUCUGUCCAUAGCUACUUCCGUGUCUGGAUGCACGGUUUCUACGGUAUCUCUGUCUAUAAUCCAUUUGCUAUGACCUGGCAAGGAACUCGUCGGGUGCAUGCAUUCGACUUCAGCGUACCGUUCAACUUCGACGUAGUCUUUAACUUCCAGCAAAACUCAUUCAAGUUCGUAUGGACCAAGAGCACCAAUGAAGUUCAAAACGUAGUCGGUUUCAAGACCCACGUCAAGACUCAAGUGUAUGCCAGAUCUGAUUCCGAAGUGGACUACAUGAAAUCUACCUGCCCGGAGUGCAAACACUUCUUGACGACGGUCGUUGAGCCGGUGUACAAGAAAAAAGACCUUGUAUUAUACGAGAGUCACUCCAAAUACACGGGUCUUCAUUUCUACCUCUCCGUGUACGAUAUUGAAGAGAUGCCUCACAUCAAGUACUUCAAAACCCUUUCCGAUGUGUUCGUUAGUGAUGUUUUCUACGAAGUUCCUGAAAUGCCAUUCUUCAAAUUCAUGAUGAGUUAUUACACGUGGUUCUACACUCACUUCUUCCCACCGCAAUAUUCAACCUACGGAGUCGUUGGCUAUAUCAAUCCCUGCAAGGUCUAUCCGUUCGAUAAACUCGAGGUUACCUUCAAGGUAAACACUGAAGAUGUUCCACAUAAAUUCUGGACCACUCCCAACUAUCAUCAAUACGUGAAAGUGUCGGCCAUCUUCAAGAACGAUCAUGACGUCGAACUUAACCACUGGGAUAUGAAUGUCCAUUUCACUCAUGAGUAUGGAGUCUAUUUCAAAAAAUUCAAUGUACAAGUCACCCGGAAAACUCCCGGUGAAAAGAAUAUGAAUGUCUGCUUCGAUUAUGUGAAGGAUGUUGAAACGGAGCUGAUCAAGGGCAAGAUGACCUACUACCAUGGCUACUCGUACGAUCACAAAUGUGUGAAAGACGACAUGGUGGUUUCAGUCGGAUGGACUGGAAGCUUCUCGGAUAUGCAGAAGAACUUCACGAAGAGCCCUAACUAUUCCUACAAGGAAUGCGUGAAACAUUACGUUGAAGUGUACAAACCACCAACGCACAAAUACACUCCAAUUCCUGUGACAUACCAGUGCGCUGAAGCCCACACCACUGUUCGCAAGUACGUGUACAACGUAGACUACCAGCACGUGAUGCCGGUGUACAUGGAAAUGUUCAAACCAGUGUGGUUCUGGGUGCAGCAGGUGUUCCCCGUUUAUUACGACGUCUUUGCACACCAUCACGUGCCGGAAAGUAGUUUUGUCGUCGAUGUGGAGUAUCCUUUGUGGUGGGUAGAACACCCGACGGUCGAUUUUACCAUCACCACACCGGUAGAAAGUUUCGUAUUUGAGCACGUGUCGUACUACGACUGGUUCUGGUGGUUCCAACCGGAUAGCGUCGUUUUCAACAGAUACUUCGACGUGAUGAAAACUACCGGUUACACUACGGAAUGUGUGAUUAACCCAGUGUUCAAUUAUACUGGCUACCAUUACGACGUCAGCAAGACUUCGGUUUACAAUGAGUGGACUCUGUAUGCUGCUGAUCAUCCCACGAGCUACAGUUGGGCCGUCUACGUUCAGAAAUCGGAAAUGAGCUUAGUCGCCCUGAAGUUCGUGCUGAACGGUCACGUGGUAGUGGUGCAACCUGUCGUUGACAAGAUGUUCGAAAAGACGGGAGUUGUGAAUUACACAUUCACGGUCGACAGUGACAUCAUGGAAGUUAUGAAACACGAAGUUGUUCCAGGAGUGUAUCCAUUCAAAUACUUCAAGGUGGAUAACACCGUUGUGUUUGUGAUUCCAAGCGUUUCCGUUUUCGUUGUCUACGACGGACAUCAGGUAGUAAUUGAAACUGUCAAGAGUGAUAAAGUGCAGCAUUACGGUCAGUGCUACGUUUAAUUUGCAAUGUUGAUUGGAUGUUGUUCUUAAAUCGGCUGUCUAAAUAAAAAUCAGAUCUAAUUA